GUCUCGUCACGCCUCUCCCGCGCCUGAGACGUUGGCUGAGAGGUUCCCCGACUCGCUCCACGCUUCCUUGCUGCACGCUCUUAGGACGCCCCCCUGCGGGCGGCACCUGAGCCUGGGAACUGGCUGAGGAGCGGGCGGGGCCCGCAGUGCCCCUGGGAAACCCGCCUGGGUCCAAGUGCUAGACGCUGGCGCCCUUUGCCGCGUGAAACGAGGUCAUGAAUCCAUUAUCCUCGUCUAAAAAGUGACUUUUUUUCAGGUUUCCCUCAGCUCCAAUUACCACGAUUUGAUGAACAGAGACUGGCUCCCUGCCUUUACUGCAGAGAUGAAAAAUGGAAACAACUGGAAAGAAGGAAAAAGAAACAGCCCAGAGUCCUAUCUCAGUCCCAAGAUGAUCAUUUUAGAAAAGAAUGCUGUCCAUUUUGAAUAAUGAAAUUUCCAUCUCACCUAACAGUGAAAUUGCUGGGAUGGCGAGGCUAACUUUUGGCUGCCUCUCCCUCCAGUCCGACUUUUCUGGAUUCUGCUCUUGCAGCCAAGGAGAAGGAGACGGAGAAAAUGCUUUCAAAGUGAGACUUAGUAUCAGAACAGCGCUGGGAGAUAAAGCAUAUGCCUGGGAUUCAAGUGAAGAAUAUCUUUUCAAAGCGUUGGUGGCUUUCUCCAUGAGAAAAGUUCCCAACAGAGAAACAACUGAGAUUUCCCAUGUCCUCAUCUGCAAUGUCACCCAGCGGGUGUCAUUCUGGUUUGUGGUUACAGACCCUUUGAAAAACCACACCCUUCCUGCUAUGGAGAUACAGUCAGCCAUAAGAAUGACUAGGAACCGGAUCAACAAUGCUUUCUUUUUGAGUGACCAGACUCUGGAAUUUUUAAAAAUUCCUUCCACUCUUGCACCACCCACUGUCCCGUCUGUGCCUGUCUGGAUUAUCAUCUUUAGUGUGAUAUUUUGCAUCGUCAUAGUUGCAAUUAUGCUACUGCUUUUAUCAGGGAUCCGCCAACGUAGAAGGAAUAAUAAAGGACCCUCUGAAGUGGAUGAUGCCGAAGAUAAAGGUGAAGCCACGAUCACAAUUGAAAACGGUAUCCCCUGUGACCCCCUGGACAUGAAGGGAGGGCACAGUAACGACGCCUUCAUGACAGAGGAGGAGCGGCUCACCCCCCUCUGAAGAGCUGCUGACCUGCUUCCCCAAGGCAGGGAGACACUUGUUUCUGGAAAUGCUACUGCUGAGCAUCCCAAAAUAUCAAGGGCAGAUGAUGCAUUUUGUUUCACCAUUCCACUUCUUUUGUAAGAAAUUUUGAAUGUGCAUGAAAGUUAAAGGCAAUCAGUGAUAACAAUGAAGACAAUUGAAAUCAUAAGCUGUCGACUACUGAAAAUAUUUAAAAAUGUUUCUCUGACAAUACAAGUAUACUUCUGUGGUGUUUGUAGUUACUGAUUUAUAAAUGCUUUAAAAUUUAAGCAUUUCCAGAAAUAAACUCAGGGCACUAUAUGUAUGUAUUUCACCCUUAAAAGACGUAAGGAAAAAAUUUUUUUUCCAGUGGAGAUUGCCUAUAAUAUGGUGUAGAAAUCAUGGAAAAUGGAUCUUUUUUGAAUAUUGUUUAUAUCACUCUGUAUAUGACUAAGUAAGCAAGAGUAAAAAGUAAUUAUUGUAAAUGGGAUUGAUAAAAAUGGGAAUGUCGAUACACAGGGUGGAAUUUGACCCUGUUAUCAUACCAAUAGUUGCUGAUAUAUUUUCUGAAUAUCCGUCUCUAAUAGGGCAGUUCUAUUUGUUGACUAUUUCUGAAAUUGGUAAAAAUCCAAUCUAUGCUGAUUUAAUAAAGCACUAAUCAUUUCUUUUUGAUUAUA